CUGUUCCACAUUGUUUUUUCAUGAAGUCACUUUAAAACUCCCACAGAUUUUCGUGGCUGUCAGACAGCAAACCAGGCGAGGGAUAAAACAUAACUAUGAAUUGGAUGCUGUGGCAACAAUGCAUUGUCUCCAUAAACCUCUGCCCUAUUUAAUCUUUGGUGUUCUCUUUGGAUAUGUUAUCCCACUCUCUUCCCUUCUCCAAGUUUCUCCAGUGACCUGUGGGGGCAAGAACAUCUCUUCAUGUUAUGGACACUGUGUCACAUCCCAAGAGGGAGUCAGUGAAUUAGAUUGCUUUGGUAAACAUCUGAGCUUAAGUAGGAUCGUCUGGAAAUGCGUGUGGACACCUAUAAAACACCGAACACAAAGAUACACACUCUGUAUAGAACAGAAAACACGUAGCAAAAUGCAUGAAAACAUAUCGGAGACAUCUCAGACUAUUCUUCUGUCCAAAAAGUUGAACAUGACAGCUCAUGUAUUUGACAAGAGUGAUUUGAAGAGCUGCACAAAGACUGUUUUCAGAGGUUCACCUCUACAAUUGGUUCGAUGCGGCCCCCCAUCUAAUGUACACUUGAAUCGACAUUCAAGACAGCUGGAUAUCCAGGCCUCCUGGAGGAAGGAGGAGACCAAAUAUAUCCCUCUUUACUCUGUGAGAUACAAGGAGCUGAACAGCCCGCAAUGGAAAGAGCGACCAGUGCAAUCCAAGGAUAGAAAUAGGUGCACUGUGGGUAAUCUUAACUCCUCACUGUCCUAUGAGGUGCAGAUAGAGUGUGUGACCAACAACAAAUGUACCCAGUGCCCCUGGAGCGAGGUUUUCACAGUCCCACCCGAACUUACUGAUACGCCUGUCAUUGAGAUGGUAAAAGAUAGUCGUCCACAAACCAAAGGGAGGAGAUUAGUGAUCAUAAAAUGGAAGUUUGCAGCCAGUGAGUUAGCGGAGGGCUACAGUGUUUCCGUGGGGAAAGCCUCAGGAGAGGACCCUAUUGAGACCUUCAACACCAGCAGGCACCUACUCAUAGUGACCCUGUCUCACUCAGCCUACCACCUCAAAAUCACAGCUUUCAACGGGGCUGGGACCUCACCUGCAGCACAGAGCACUAUAUGGCCACUGGACGACAAAGACUUAUAUGGGAAGCUGAAUCUGACAUUCAAUGGCAACACGUCCUUUACUGUCUCCUGGGUGGAUGACCUGAUCAAAACCUACUCCUGCUUCUCAGUGGAGUGGUGGACGAGAGGAAUCAAAGCUGCUCACAAGUCCUUCUAUGAGGAUGAGAACAAUUAUGAAGUCAUACCAUUGCGCGAGCCAUUAGAGCUGUAUAAGAGGUAUACCUUCACUCUGCACACGAGGCCAGACAAAGAGACCUGCAACCUGAAGUUCAUCAACAACAGCGAGAGCACCUACGGGAGCAUCCAGUCCUACUUCACUGAAGGAUCCCCAAUUAGUGCCCCAGGGAACAUCAGCAGCAGUAAUGUUACCCAGAGCUCCAUGGUGCUGGAGUGGACAUCAGUCCCUGAGAAGGACACCAGAGGUUUCCUGCUGGGCUACAUCCUCCACUACACAAAGAGCCCGGAUAACAGGAUAGACGUUGAAAAAAACGUCACUGUGGAUGCUGGUUCAACCAGCUACGAGUUGGUGGACCUACAAAGCAAUACUGUGUACCAAGUCCAGCUGUCUGCCUUCACUGCUGCAGGAAUGGGAGUGAGAAGCUCAGCUGUAUACUUCGAAACCAAGUCAACAGUAUCCCUGUCUAUUGGUGGUAUGAUAGCAGGGGUCGUUAUUGGAGCAACUUUACUCUUACUUGUGGUUAAUCUCGGCUCUUUGUUGUUAAAAAGAGCAAAGAGACUACUUUGGCCAAGUAUCCCUAAUCCUGGUAACAGCAAUGCCAUCCAGAAAAUAGAUGGGGUCUGCGAGCUGGAACUCCUGGAGCCCAUCAACAGACAGAAGUUAGAGGAAGAGGAGGGGGACGCCAACAGUCUGCACAUUGUUGACAGUAGAGAAGAAACGUCUCCCUUUAGCAACCUCCAUAGCAACACCGACUCAUGUCUACACCUCAACACAGAACACGAGGAGAAUCAAGGGCCUUUAAAGACAACCGCAGACUCUACCGAGCCCACUAAAGUAGACCCUCAAAUCAACGUGGGCUUGUGCCGAAGAAACACAGCCACAGACAGUAGCGCUCAAGAUCCCACUUCUGACACCAUUAAACCUACCAUAGACACAAGACAGACGGACCCUGUCCCCAUUAGUGCGGUGGCCCACCAGUGCCCACAGUUGUCCUUUAUGAGUGAUUACACGACCAUGGAACUCUUCCAACAGGCUAUGACACAAUGUGUUCCAGCCACUAUAACAUUGGAACCCCAUGGCCAGUCAAGCCAGUCAGAGUACACAGACUCACCCCUGACCAGACCAGAGUCAGAUUACAUACACCAGUCCCUCUAUGAUACUGUCCUUCACCUGUCCCAAGGCAGCACAAGUCCAACUGAGGUGUAUUACACAGUUCUUUGAGAAUGUUUACUGUAGAUUCUAGAAUCUGCCUUUCUCACAGAUGCUGUGGAACAAUUCUCAGGCCUUUCAUCUAUGUAAAAAAGACUAGCCUACUUAUAUUUCUGGACAUUAUUGGAUCGUCAUAACUCUGGAAUGAGAAACCUUUCAAUGACAUACAGGAACUUUAAAAAGCUGUUAUCCUAUCAAUACGUGUAUUGAGGGAUUGUUUGAGGAGCAGAAAUUUCCCAAUCGUUUUUUGUGUGGUUUUUAAUAAAAUCAUGAAUCAGAGACCAUUUUAUUCUCAGUUUAUGUAAACUGACAUAGACGGUCCAUAUUUCUCAUGUUGGACAGGUUCACUAACAAAGACAUCAAUAUAAUCUAUAGCAGGCUUUUACCCCAUGUUUCAUAUGGAUUUGGUAAUGGAUUAAACAAAUACCAUCACUUGGCAUUACAA